AUGGACGAGGAUACUGGAUUUGCGACUUUGCAAGCUUUCAUUGGCACCUUGCGUGCUGAUCCUUCGAAGUUGCAUCAUCCCCGCUUGGGCUUCUUCCGCGACUAUCUUGUCGAUUUGGGCGCCACGCUUCCGCCGAAACCAGCGGAGCCGAAGCCUGCCGAGGCCAAGAAGCCAGCCAAGUCUGCCAAAGAACCCGAGGCCAAGAAGCCAGCCAAGUCUGCCAAAAAGCCCAAGGCCAAGAAGCCAGCCAAGUCUGCCAAAGAACCCGAGGCCAAGAAGCCAGCCGAGGACCCCAAGUCUGCCAAAGAACCCGAGGCUGCCAAGGAGGAUGAUAUCGAGGAGAUCCCCGAACCGGAAUUGGAUCUGUCUGGCGUUAUCGAGCCUGAUCCCAAAGGAGAAUUGCCGGUGGGCGAUCACCGAUCGCAGCUAUCUGACGAGGAAAGCGAGAAGUUCGAAGCGGCCAAGGCUAAAGGAAUGCAGGCUUUCAGCGAAGGUAACUUCAAUGAUGCCAUCGAACAUUUCACCGAGGCCCUGUUGAUCAACGCGUCGGCCAUUCUUCUUGCUCGUCGAGCUUUUGCUCUGAUCAAGAUCAACCGUCCAAAUGCUGCCAUCGCCGACUGCUCGAACGCCAUCGACAUCAAUCCUGAUUCGGCUCAAGGUUACAAAUACCGCGGCCGCGCCUAUCGUUUGCUCGGCAAUUUCCGUAAAGCUCAUCAGGAUUUGGUAACUGCCUGCAAACUCGACUACGAUGACCAGGCGAACGAAUGGCUGAAGGAAGUGGAGCCGAAUGUUGGUACUUUCAGUUUCUUU